AACCCAAUUCGACCACGCUUCCGCCGCAGCUUCUCCCCUUUCCGCCUCCGAUGGCGGCGACGGCGACGGUGACGGCGCCGGCGGCGAACACCAACUUCGUAGCGACGCCAGCGGCUCCGCAUCCUCGCCCCGGCGUGGCCCCCGCUCCCCGGCCCCCCUCCACCUUGGGUCCCGUCAAGUCGGAGGCCCCUCCGCCCCCCUCGUCCACUACUUCCGCCGCCGCCCCUGCCGCCGCCGCCGCAUCCGGACCGGAGGAUCCAUCCUACAUCAUCACCAUCCCGAGUUAUUCAGCGUGGUUCUCCUUCGACUCCAUCCACGACACUGAGCGCCGCCUCCUGCCGGAGUUCUUCGAGGGGGAGGCGGCGGCGGCGUCCGGGUGCCGGGGCCCGGGCGGGUACAAGUACUACCGCGACAGUCUGAUACGGAGGUUCCGGGCGCGGCCGGGUCGACGGCUCACGCUCACGGAGGCCAGGCGGGGACUUGUCGGCGACGUCGGCUCCGUCCGCCGCGUGUUCGACUUCCUUGAGGAAUGGGGACUCAUCAACUACGGCAAAGGUGCUUUGCCGUCGGGCUCAAAGCAGGCGAAAGAGAAGAGGGAAGAGGCCGCACCACAGUCGGCGUUGCCUUCUGCUGGGGCAACAGCACCCAGGAAGCUUUGUACCGGGUGCCGCACUGUGUGCGGGCUUGCUUACUUCGCCUGCGAGAAGGUGAAUGUUUUUGAAUUGUGGACUUGGCAUAUAUAUGAAUUUUCCGUUACGGAUAUAGAUAUAUGUACCACGGCAUAAAUUUUCCGUUAGGGAUAUAGAUUUGGUAAUAUGCAUGAAACAUUAAUGUCCAGAUAUGCGGAUAUUUGGGAUGGGACCACCUAUUAGCUACACUGCAGUACAAAAUCACUUUUUUCUUGGCUGGCAGCAUUAUGAUAAAUUGGGCUGCAAAAAACCACCUCUUUUGUUUCUCUUGAUAUGUAAUAGAAGAGCAAAAUAGUUCUGUAGUUAUGAGUUCAGCCAUGUAUCAAGAAAUUCAUUUGACGGGGAUUGGUUGUGUUCCUGGUUGGUCCAAACUCCAUUGACAUGUCUCCUGCAAAGGGUAUUAGGACAGGUGAGCGAACAUCCUUUUUGACAAAAUCCCAUGGUGUGCAUAAGCAUAUUUUGCUUUGAUCAUUGUUAUAUUUAGUUGCUUAUGAACUUUAAACUGUGGGCACGGUGAAACUUUUGUGCACAGAAGACAGAACUACCUACUAAUAUUGAAGUAUUUAUCCUUCUUAUUGUUGUCAAGAAAGGUCAUUAAAACUGCUGGGCAAACAAGCUUGUUGUCUUGUUGACAAAUAGUGGAUUGUUGUUUUAGGAAUUGCUAAAUUUUGUUUCUUAUGAAUAAAUUGGGGGUGUUGUACUUAGCCCAGUAGCCCUGUUUUAGAACAAUGUUUCUCAUGUAGGUACAUAAAAAGUGAUUAAGGCAUCUGUGCGCUGCUUCAGCUUUUGUAGUAGCCGCAAUGGUUCAUUGCUUCUUUACGGAGGGUGUGAUUGUAGUCAGAACAUCAUUACAUUAGAAUGAACUUUGAAUUAGACGAUCUAUGCACCAUCAAAGUGGCAUGGGCAUGCAAUGAGGAUUGCCAACAAUACAGAAAUAGUUCAUGUCAUUUGAAGUGAGCAACCAAUAUCAUUUCAACUAUUGUGAUUGCAUACCUUUCUUAGUUUCUUACCAUGUUGGCUGAAACCUUUUUGUUGACUUCUUGGAUAUUUUAAUUUGAAGACUUACUAAGUUGUUUAUCUUAACCUUUUGCGUAUGAUCAGGCAGAUAUAAGUCUCUGUGCUAGAUGCUUUGUACGUAAUAACUUCCGGCCAGGUCUGACUGCUGCAAACUUCAAGAAAGUUGAAAUUACUGAAGAUGCAAAAUCUGAUUGGACAGACAAAGAAACUCUUCACUUGCUUGAGGCUGUCUUGCAUUAUGGUGAAGACUGGAAGAAGGUGUCUGAACAUGUUGGUAGUCGAUCAGAAAAAGACUGCAUUGCAAGAUUCAUCCGUCUACCUUUUGGAGAACAGUUCAUGGGACCCAAGGAGGAUAGAAUGGGGUUUGAAAAUGAUGAUGAUGUUACUGAUGAAUCUGGAGCAGAUGUCUCAAAACGGCUACGUCUCACUCCACUGGCAGAUGCAAGCAAUCCAAUUUUGGCUCAGGUUGCAUUCUUAUCAGCCAUUGUGGGUUCUGAUGCUGCCUCAGCUGCUGCUCAAGCAGCUAUUUCUGCACAAUCCCGUGUUGAUCUAAAUGACGAAGAGAUUGAUUCUUCUAUAAAUAGCACCAAGGAAGAAGGCAACGAUUUGCUGAAAGAGGCUGCCGCUAAUGCAAGGGCACAACUUGAAAAAGAAAGGAACGGCAUAGAGCAAUCUUUAUCCGAUAUAGUGGAUGUCCAGAUGAAGGAAAUCCAAGAUAAAAUAUGCCGUUUCGAACAUAAGGAGAUGCUGAUGGACAAAGAGCAACAGCAGCUCCGCUGCCUUAGGGAUUUGCUUUUCGCAGAUCAACUGGCGAUCAUGCAACAUCAACGCAAGCCCCAAGCUGUAGCUGCAGAGAGCAAAUAUGACGAGAAGCCAAAACCCCUGAUUAACAUAAGUUGAUUCAAAUAGAGGGUUUUUUAUCGAAACGGGAAAUGGUUCCUCAGCAUGACUGGAACGACAGUUGUGAGAAUUGGACAUAGGUCUGCACCAUUUAGCUAACUUCUACCCCUCCCCCCUUUGUUGGCCUGACUCUAGUUGUAUGUUCAAUCCAUGUGCGGACGCCUCGGAUGGUAUAGGAAGCAAGGGCGAUGACUAUUCUUUACAAUCUAGCUGAUGAGAAUGGUUGACUUCCUUUCCUCCAAUCUUGUUGCACAAAAAAGACCUAAAGUAGCAUGGAUCAGUAGUUGUAAAGAGAUGAAUUGGUAAUGGUUUGCAAUCGGCCUCAGUCGUGAUGGUGCAGUGUUUGCAUCAACUAAUCAGUGAUCAUGCCAUAUACUGUCUAAAAAAAAAGUAAUCAUGCCAUA